AAUCUGGCGUAUGUCACGAAUUUUGUGUUUUGUUUUCAUUCUGGAGUUUUUACAAUUUUUAAUAAAUUUAUUAAAUUUUUAUUAAAAAAAAUUUAAAAAAAGUCAUGGGAUCCAAACGCCCAACAAAUACUGAACAAAUUAUACUCUCCGAUAGUGAUUGUGAAAUUCAAGAAGUCGAUAUUAAAUCAAUUACAAUUCCAGACUCACCAACAUUGGCGACGGAUUUAACCAUUGAUGACAACGAACAAGCAGAAUUAACAAAUAUUUCUGAAUUUAACGAAGACAAUUUAUUAUUUGAGGUUAAUUUUAAAAACGAAAGACUAUUUAAUGAACACAAGGAUUUAGUUGUUGAAGGUUUGAGUGGAUUUUUAAAAGAUAAAGGUUAUUUAGUUGUUGAAGAUGAUACAAAGAUUCAAGUCUUUCGAGAGUCCGGGAAAGAAUCUGUUGUAGAGAUAGAACAACCUCUUGGCGAUGUCAAGACAAAAAUCAAAACCCCAGAACCUGUGGACGAUGUUAAACCAGGUUCUGAUGAUGAAGACAUGGACAUUGCUGGAUUAUUCAUGAUUGACACUCAACCAGCGGAAAAAGUUGACGCUGUUCAGAUUCCGUCUUACAAGCGAACAAUUAAAGAAAUUCUAAAUGAAAGUUCAGCUCAAAAAAAGAAAAAGAAUGAAGACGAAUGUGAGCGACCAAAGCAAAAGAAAUCUUGUUUCAAUUGCGAUGGAAUUGAUCAUGAUUUGCGCACUUGUCCGAAACCUAGAAAUAAUACAAAAAUCAAUAAAGCCAAGAAAUCGAUGAAUUUAAGACGAGAUCGAUAUCAUGUUGAUAUUGAACAGCGUUUCGCGCAUUUAAGACCUGGACAGGUUAGCAAGCAAUUGCGAGAGGCUUUGGGCAUUCGUAAUGGAGAAUUACCAUUCUUCUUUUAUCGCAUGAGACUGCUGGGUUAUCCACCGGGUUGGUUAGAGGAUGCAAGGGUAGCUCAUUCGGGGAUUUCUCUUUUUGAUUCGGAGGGUCGAUCUGUUCAAGAUCCAGAAGAUGAAGAAGGCGAAGUUGACAAUGAAAAACAUAAAUACGAUAUAAAUAAAAUAAUAGCAUUUCCAGGAUUUAACACUGACCCCGGUCCAAAUUUCUAUGACGAUUAUAAACAUCACAAUGUUCCGCCAAUAAAUGAAGAAGACUGUAAAGAAAAAUUCAUUCAAAUGCUUGGUGCAAAUGUGGUGAAAGGAUAUAAACGUAAAAAGCUUAAACAUCUACCAGAAGGUGAAACACCCGAAAAGAAUACUAUGGAACUCUCUGAAAUGGAAAUCGAGGAUGAAGAAAAUGCUUCCAUUGCCAAUGUUGAGUUCACUCGACCACCACCUCCAUCAACUCCACCAAAAGAUGGUGAUGAACCAGCACCACCUCCUCCUCCACCGCCACCAGAAUCACCGCAAAAUGUAUCAACUCGCACGCCGUCACCAACGCUCGAAGACUUGGAACAGAAACAAAAACUUCUAAGGGAACUUUUACAAUCGAGUACGAUUACAAUAUCAGACAAUGAUGACUCUUUAAUAGACGAAGUACUUGAACUUGAAGCAGAAACAAGUGGAAUUAGUAUAACAUCGACGCCAAAUAAUUCUAUAGCUAAAAUUAAAUUACCAGAUGAACUAUCAGAGAGCACAAAUUCGCCUUUAGUCAUAAAUAGUGAAACAGAUACACAAGAAUCUGUUGUAACUCCUCAAACUCCACUGGCAAUGGAAUCGGUUCUGGGAACGCCUUUAUUGAAAUUCUCACCAUUCGAUAAAUUGCCAUGCGGAGAUAAUUUCAAAGUUGGUGUCAGUGAUGUUAUUAAUUUUGAAAAUCUUCCCGAUUCAACUGGCACUUAUGAAAAAAUGAAAGGUGUUAUCAAAAAAGUUCGAACGAUAGUAACAAAACUUAAUAGCGAAGAUUCUUGAGAUUUAAUUGGAAUGUGCAUGGCCAGGAAUUUUUAAUCAAAUAUUUUAGUAGAUACAUUUUUUUUUGUUUUAUUUUACACAAGAUCAUGAUUAUGAAAUGAAAUCAAAAAGAAACAAAAAAAUUAAAUAAACUUAAGAUUUUUGUUAGAAUUUAAA